AUGAAACCAGUUUUAACCAUCCAGCUGAACUCUGGCUACGAAAUGCCGGCGAUAGGAUAUGGAACAUGGCAAAUUACAAAGUCCAGAACAACCGAUAAAGUACGAGAAGCUCUUGAUGCAGGUUAUCGACACAUUGACAGUGCACCCAGUUUCAGAAAUCAAGCUGAAGUAGGCAUGGCUGUCAAAAAUUGGUGUUCAAGCGGAAAAUCUGGGCGAGAGGAACUCUUUCUUUCCUCGAAAAUUUGGAAUACUCAUCACUCUCGCGAAAAGUGUUUGCAACAGAUUGAUGAAAUGCUUACUGAUUUUGACACGAAUUACAUGGAUCUUGUUGUUAUACAUUGGCCCUUCGGAUGGGCGGAAGAUGAUGCUGGCGGCUAUCUUCCUCGUGGAAAUGACGGGAAAUUUAUAGCUUCAAAUGUUGAUUAUCUCGAAACAUGGAAAGCACUUGAAGAUGCUCAUAGAUCCGGAAAGAUUCGAUCAAUCGGGCUCGCUAACUUCAACCUUGAACAAGUGGAACGAAUUUGGACGAAAGGAUUGAUUAAGCCAGCAGUUUUGCAAGUUGAGAUGAGUCCAUUUUUUACUCAAAAAGAAGUCAGAGAAUAUUGUCGAGAAAAAGGAAUCGCUCUCCUCGCAACUAUGACUACUGGAAAUCCUGGAUCAUCAUGCUAUCGGAAGCAUGAAGAUCCAAACUUAUUGUACAACGAAACACUCAUUGCAAUUGCGAAAAGUCAUGGAAAAACUGUUCCACAAACUAUCCUGCGUUGGAUUAUCGAUAUUGGCCACACGGCUGUCAUAAAAUCGGUGGAGUCAAAAAGAAUUCGUCAAAAUAUCAACAUUUUCAAAUUCCACCUUUCAACGGACCAAAUCGAACGAAUCGAGCACCUUAACUUGAACUUCCGUAUUUUGAACCCAUGGCUCGGUAACGAAAGUCAUCCACAUUUUCCAUGGCCUUAUGUGAAAGAAUAG